GAUACCUGCGUGGGGUUCCUCCUGGGCGGCAUUGGUGAAAUGAAUAAGAAAAGGGAGCCAAACUUCUUGGUGGUGGACAAGAACACAAGUGUUCAGGAGAUCGAGGAAUGCUACAAGAAGUUCACAAAGAGAGAUGACAUUGAUAUUAUCCUUAUUAACCAGAAUAUUGCAGAGCAGAUACGCCAUGUGAUUGAUGGGGACAAUGACAAUCCCCUUCCAGCUGUGCUGGAGAUCCCCUCCAAGGACCAUCCGUAUGAUCCUUCCAAAGACUCUGUUCUCCGCAGAGCCAAGGGUCUUUUCAGUGCAGAUGACAUGCGCUAAGGAUACCCUGGACUUCAUCUUGUAGAACAUUCCACAUCCGUUUUUCCUCCUCGAUUGAGGAUGUUGAUAUUCACUUAUUGUAUAAUGUGUGAGGAAGAAGCAUAUUCUCUUGCUAAUAGAGUUAGGCUUAAAAAUGGUUGUGAGUGACUUAAAGAGCUCAAACACUAAUUGUCAUUCUUUUUCCCAUGUAAUAUUUUGUAUAGUAACAUGAUAUAUACCAUUUUUUUCUUUCCAUGUGUAUGGUGUAUGUGGUGAUUGUUAAGGAAUGUAUAAAAAAAGAGUAAAUUGGUAA